AUGGCGCCGGGAACUGUAAAAAGAAUAUCAGUCAUCGCGGAUGUCCAGUUACUGAGCGAUGUGAAAUUUGUCGUUCCGGUGUCGACUUCUGAAAGUGACAGUAAGAAAGUGAUCCCAGCUCACAAGUUUGUUCUUGCCAUCAGUAGUCCUGUGUUCUUUGCCAUGUUCUAUGGUCAAAUGGCGGAGACUAAAGACUCUAUUGACCUGCCUGACUGUGAGUACGAGAGUCUGUUGGAGUUGUUCCGUUUCUUGUACAGCGACAAAGUGAAUUUAAGCGAAAGUAAUGUGAUGCAAGUGUUGUACUUGGCGAAUAAAUACAUGGUGCCUUCACUCUUUGACAAUUGCACAGAAUAUCUUUGCGACAACUUGACAGCAUCCAACGUGUUUUGUAUCCUGACACAUGCUCAGAAAUUUGGCGGUAAAUCUUUAGAAGAUCGAUGCUGGGAGGUGAUUGAACGGCGGACCGAAGAAGCUGCGACGUCAGACGAAUUUGUUUCUGUUGUUGAAUGUGUUGUCAAGAGAGAGAAGUAUUAA